GCAGUGGAACGACAAGAUGGCGGAGUGAGUGGGUUGCGCUUUGGGAGAAAAGCUGCAACUCCUCUUAUUUCUACAAAAAGGUUUAAACGAAAACGGAUAAUUAAUUUAUAUAUGUGAAUAUAUUCAGAAAUUCUCUUUCAUUCAAGAAAAGCCGCCCCUCUAACCGAGGUGGUUUAAAGAAAAACGUCGCUGCGAGUAUAAGAGUUACAAUUCCGCUGGUGUCCUUUCGAUUUAUUGCUAGCAGGCUAGCUGCUAGCCAGUUAUUGGGAACAUUAGGUAGAUGAGAAGCUCGUUUUGACUUUUUUUCAGGGUAGUGAAAAGUGGUGUGUACGAACUUGGACGGCAACGCUGUGUAACAGAAAUCAAUGUCCUUGAUCAACAGUUCGCCUUCAUGAUCAGUUAGAGAGCUAGCUAGCUAGCACGUCGUUUACCAGCGAAUUGAAGAAUUCUGUCUAGCUAGCAAGCUAGUAUAGUCCGUACACAGAGUCGACUAAGACAAAAAGGACUGCAUGUUCUGAUAACUAGCAGGCCGGAGGGAAGCAUCUGUUCAAUCCCAGAAUAUAGCCGUUUUAAACCGAUUGAGAGUUUCUCGUGAUUCUGUGGACAUGGCAAGCAGCAGCGGCUCUAAAGCCGAAUUUAUAGUCGGUGGGAAAUACAAGCUUGUUCGAAAAAUUGGAUCUGGAUCCUUUGGUGACAUAUAUUUGGCAAUCAACAUCACAAAUGGAGAGGAGGUAGCUGUAAAAUUGGAAUCGCAGAAAGCAAGACAUCCUCAGCUGUUAUAUGAAAGCAAAUUGUACAAAAUUCUUCAAGGGGGAGUCGGGAUUCCACACAUCAGGUGGUAUGGCCAAGAAAAGGAUUACAACGUCCUAGUAAUGGAUCUGCUGGGCCCCAGUCUGGAGGACCUCUUUAACUUCUGCUCCCGCAGAUUUACAAUGAAAACUGUUUUAAUGCUUGCAGAUCAGAUGAUCAGCAGAAUCGAGUAUGUGCACACAAAAAAUUUCAUCCACAGAGAUAUCAAGCCAGACAACUUUUUAAUGGGCAUUGGACGACACUGUAACAAGUGUUUAGAAUCUCCAGUGGGGAAGAGGAAAAGAAGCUUGGCUGUUAGUUCUUCUCAGGAUCCAUCUUUCUCAGGAUUAAACCAGUUGUUCCUCAUUGACUUCGGUCUGGCCAAAAAGUACCGGGACAACAGGACAAGACAGCACAUACCUUACAGAGAAGACAAAAACCUGACGGGGACAGCUCGCUAUGCCAGCAUCAACGCACAUCUGGGCAUUGAACAGAGUCGUCGGGACGACAUGGAGUCUCUAGGAUAUGUGCUCAUGUAUUUCAACAGAACCAGUCUGCCUUGGCAGGGACUGAAGGCCGCAACAAAGAAACAGAAGUACGAGAAGAUCAGCGAGAAAAAGAUGUCGACCCCGGUGGAAGUGCUGUGCAAGGGCUUCCCGGCGGAGUUUGCCAUGUAUCUGAAUUACUGCCGUGGGCUGCGGUUUGAGGAGGCGCCUGACUACAUGUACCUGCGUCAGCUCUUCCGCAUUCUCUUCAGGACUCUGAACCACCAGUACGACUACACGUUCGACUGGACCAUGCUGAAGCAGAAAGCGGCCCAACAGGCUGCCUCCUCAGGGGGACAAGGGCAGCAGGCACAGACCCCCACAGGCAAGCAAACUGACAAACCCAAGAGUAACAUAAAAGGUUUCUAAGCAUUAAGACAAUGUGCUGAAGCAGAACAGAGAGGUCGUAGCAGGACUUGCCUUCCAAUCACCACGGCGACAAGGAUCAAAUUCAACAGAACCCGCCAGGCGUUGUGGGCGACCCUUUUCCUGUUAAAGAACUUUUGUUCCAUAUACUAUAUAUGUAAUCGGUAUAUAUAGAUAACAUGCUCAGCAUAUAUCUAUAUAUUGGUAUGUAUAUACUAUAUUCACACCGAGAGCAGGCUUGGUAUGGUUCAAAGCUGUAGCCUUUUCUAUCGUUCUGUCCCUGAAGACGCUAUUUUCUUUUUUUUUUUUUCUUUUUUUUUCUUUUUAGCUUUCUUUGUCUUUUUUUUUUUCUCCUCCUUCUGUUUCUUCAAAAAAACUGAAACGUUAAAGAAAAACAGCUGACUCACUGAGGAUGUAACUGUGCUCCAUUGCCAGUGUUUUCCCGGAGUUUUGUAUUCUCCAGGAAAACCGCUGGGGUUCUCUCUCCUGAAUUGUCAGCUGCCUGUAGAGCGGCUCAGCCCCCCCCCCACCAUCCCUGUUUACUCUGUCACUGAGGUGACAUCCACCCAGACACAGCAAACUGUCAAAUUUGAAAUGUCUGAUACUCAUUCUCUCUUUAUUCCUUUUGUUUGUUUUGUUCUGUUUUUGUUUUUUAUUUCAUUUUUUUUUUUCCUCAUAUUCAAAGGAAGUGAAACGAUGUAAGACUAAAUCUAUUUUAAUUGUUAUGGAUGAAUCUCCUGGGUAUUUACUAAACAAACAUUGGGUUUUUUUUUUUUUUUUUCUUAAGAGGUAACAGAGACUCUGCCUGCUGAUAUGUGCUAGAAGAGCUUCUAUUGUGAGAAUGAAAACCAUUCUAGUGACUACUAGGUCUCUCUUUAGAACGCUGCGUAAACUAUAUUGUACUUGGUAUUCUGAAGUCUAAAAAAAAAAAAAAUAAUAAAAAAAAAUAAACUCCACAAAAGCAUAUUCAUUACAAAUUAGGCAUCUCACCACUAAACCUGUAUGUUAAUUGCUUAGAAGAAAAUUGUAUGCGUCAAAGAUUUUUUUUUUUUUUCCGUCCUUAUUUUGUUUUUGGAAAAUGGUGAUAUUAAUGAGAAAGUAUCCAUUCGUUAGGUUUGUUUAAUUGCUAUGAUGACACUUUGCGUUUUGAGUCUAAAGAAAAGAAAAACAAAACAAAAAAAAAAAACCAUGCUCACUCCACCCUUCCCGUUAUCAUUUUUAUAUACGUAUAUAUACAUACACCUUUUUUUAUCAGGAAAAAAAAAUUACUUUUUUCAGUUUUAUAGAGUUGUCUUUCCCUGUUUUGAAUGGAUCAUUUUGGGGAAAGGGUGUUUUUUUUUCGUUGUUGUUGCUUCUUCCUGCGGUGAAGCAGCUCCUCGUGUAAAGUAUCUCUGGGACUUUCUCUGCGACUGAA